GACAUUCGGGGGUUAGCUGGGUCCUCUGUCGGGGAUCCUCCACUUGCAGCAGCUGGCUCUGAUUGCAGCGGGUUUUCUGAUAAAUUUAAUCCGCUCAUCAUGAGGAUCCGUGAGCCGCGAACCACCGCGCUGAUCUACAGCUCUGGAAAGCUGGUCUGCACAGGAGCCACCAGUGCGCAGCAGUCCCGGCAGGCGGCCAGGAAGUUCGCCCGCAAGGUGCAGAAACUGGGCUUCCCCGUCCGCUUCCUGAACUUUAAGAUCCACAACAUCUUCGCCUAUUGUGAGACCUUCCCCGUCAAUCUGAUGGAGCUGGCCUCCCAUCAGUCCUGCAGUUAUGAACCAGAGAUGUUUCCUGCUGGCGUCUUCUUCAGAGGAAUCCCCGACAUCACCGUCGUCAUCGCUCAGAGUGGGAAGAUCUCGCUGACCGGAACUAAAGACGAAGCUAAAAUCUACAAAGCGGUUGACACCAUCUGGCCGAUCCUUCAGCGCUUCAGGAGGAGCUGAGAGGAGACCGACUCUGACAGCAACUCUUCAUUUAAAAACUCAUUUUUACAAAAUAAACUCUGUUUUAGAUUCAGUGUUUUAACGAUGAGUCAACAUGCACCAACCUUCAUAUCACUGAGCAGGAAACUCAGC